AUGCAUCGAUAUUUUAAAAAAUCAAGGAAUGAUUCAACUUCUAGUUCGAGUAUUGCAACCCCGAAUUCGACUGUGAACCAGGAUGGAAUCAAUGUUGCAAGUUUUGAAGCUAAUUCUGAAAACAUAGUUAGUGACCCGAAUGCGAUUUUGAAUCAAGAAAGAAUAAAUAUUGAAGUUAAUCCGGAAAACAUAGUUAGUGACCCGGGGCUACGGAGUCCUAUUGCUAGUUAUGAUGUUCAAAUAAGGGAUCGCAUUCGAAGAGAAUAUGUCUCUAAGGGGCCUUGUCAACCGAAAGGUCAUGUCUUUAGGAAAACUUCGUAUGGUAAAGAGAAAAGGAGCUUCCAAGCUAAAUGGUUUGAAAAACAUAUAUGGUUGGAAUAUAGUGUUGAAAAAGAAGCGGCAUUUUGUUUUUGGUGUUAUCUUUUCAAGCCUAUUAAUGCCAAUCGUUUUGGAGAUGAUGUAUUCGUGAGUACGGGCUUUAAAAAUUGGAAAAAGGCGCUUGCUAUUUUUAGAGAACAUGAAGGUUCAGCAAAUAGCACACAUGAUCAGGCCAGAAUACUUUUUGAAGGGUUUAAAAAUCAAAGACAAAGUGUUGAUUACAAUUUGAGGAAAUAUGAUAAGGAAGACGAAGUCAACUACCGCAUUCGCUUGACUGCUUCUUUAGAUGUGAUUCGAUUAUUGUUAAGACAGGGAUUGCCAUUUCGUGGGAAUGAUGAAUCAUUUGCGUCUACAAACAAGGGAAACUUUCUAGAGAUACUUAAAUGGUAUUGUGAGCAUAAAGAAGAGGUAGCUGCAGUUACAUUGGAGAACGCUCCACGUAAUAAUCAGAUGACUAGUCCUUUGAUUCAAAAGGAAUUAUCAAAUUGUUGUGCUGUUGAGACUACGAAAGUUAUUUUGGAAGAUAUUGAAAAUCGCAAAUUCUCUCUAUUGGUUGAUGAAGCGCGAGAUUCAUCGAUAAAAGAGCAAAUGGCUUUGGUUAUUAGAUACGUGAACAAUAAUGGAGAGAUUAUAGAAAGAUUCUUAGCCUUGGUACAUGUCACUGAUACUACAGCAAAGUCAUUGAAGGAAGGGAUUGACUCAGUGUUUGCUAAGCAUGCUUUAUCUUUAUCACGGUUAAGAGGUCAAGGCUAUGAUGGUGCAUCAAAUAUGCGGGGUGAGUACAAUGGUCUGAAAACCCUUAUACUGAAUGAAAAUAGAUCUGCGAAGUACAUCCAUUGUUUUGCUCAUCAGCUCCAACUAGUCGUGGUAAAUGUUACAAAACAACAUGGUGCUAUAAGUGAUUUUUUCACCAUUGUCACUAUGAUUGUAAAUACAUGUGGAACAUCUUGUAAAAGGAGAGACAAACUACGACAAGCUGAGCAUGAGAAAAUUGUCAAAUCUCUAGAAAGGGAAGAGAUUAAAAGUGGAAGAGGUUUAAAUCAAGAGAUGAGUUUAAGGCGGCCGGGUGACACUCGAUGGGGAUCACACUUCACUACUUUGCUUCGUCUAAAAGGUAUGUGGUCAUCGGUAAUUGAAGUACUUGAAAAUGUGUAUGAAGAUGGUACUAAUCCAGAUAAUAAAGACUUUCGGGAGAAUGGAUGGAACCAAUUCGUGAGACAGGUUGAAGAGUUUUGUGUGACUAAUUCCAUUGAUGUCAUCAAUAUGGAUGAUGCCGUCAAGUUUGGUGUGCGAAUGAAACGAGGGGAACGCGUUACAAAUUAUCAUCAUUACAAGGUGGAGGUUUACUGUCAGGUUCUUGAUUUAGUUAUUCAAGAGAUGGAAAAUCGUUUCCCAGAAACAAAUACAGAAUUGCUUAUUUGCAUGAAUUGCCUUAGUCCAAGAAACUCCUUUGCUAGCUUCAAUAUCGACAAGUUGGUCCGUCUCGCAGAACUUUAUCCGGAUGACUUCUCGUGCACUGAAUGUAUGGCUCUCCAAUAUCAACUUAAAACUUAUAUCAGUGAUAUAGUUGAUAAAGUCGAGUUCUCCAAUAUUGAAGAUUUGGGAAAUCUUGCAAAGAUUUUGGUCGCUACCACAAGAGAUAAGGCUUUUCCCUUGGUAUACCGUUUGAUUGAAUUGACUCUGAUCCUUCCUGUUGCGACCGCCUCUGUUGAGAGAGUAUUUUCUUCGAUGAAAUUUAUCAAGACUGAUUUGCGAAACAGAAUGGGAGACGGUUGGAUGAAUGAUAUCUUAGUUGUAUACAUUGAGAAGGAUAUUUUUAACAAAAUUGAAAAUGAGGCCAUUCUUCGACGAUUUCAAGAAAUGGCGACACGUCGGAAACAAUUAUCAUCUAGAGCCUCGUAA